AGCCACGCAGGGCCACGUAUGCGGGUUCUAAGCGCUCCAGUCUGGCUGUGGGCGUCGCCUCGAGGGCGCUGCUACGCGGGUGGAGUGGACGCGGAGUCUCCUAGCAAAGACAUGGAUUUAGGUGCUAUUACAACACGCUCAGCAUUUCAUGCCAAGCCCCAUGGACUUACUCUUCAAUAUGGGACUGCUGGAUUUCGAACUAAGGCGGAAAAUCUUGACCAUAUCAUGUUCCGCAUGGGAUUAUUAGCUGUCCUGAGGUCGAAACAGACAAAAUCCACCAUAGGAGUCAUGGUAACGGCAUCGCACAAUCCUGAGGAAGAGAAUGGUGUAAAAUUGAUCGAUCCUUUGGGUGAAAUGUUGGCACCAUCUUGGGAGGAACAUGCUACCCGUUUGGCAGACGCUGAGGAACAAGAUAUGCAGAGAGUGCUUAUUGACAUCAGCGAGAAAGAAGCUGUAGAUCUGCAGCAAGAUGCCUUCAUAGUUAUUGGUAGAGAUACCAGGCCCAGCAGUGAGAAACUUUCACAGUCUGUAAUAGAUGGUGUGACUGUUAUUGGAGGACAAUUCCAUGAUUAUGGCUUUUUUAAAAAAACCCCGCUGCACUACAUGGUAUACUGUCGAAAUACUGGUGGUCAAUAUGGAAAGGCAACCAUAGAAGGUUACUACCAGAAGCUCUCUAAGGCUUUUGUGGAACUUACCAGACAGGCUUCCUGCAGCGGAGAUGGAUAUAGGUCACUUAAGGUCGACUGUGCAAAUGGCAUAGGGGCCUUGAAGCUAAGAGAAAUGGAACACUACUUCUCACAGGGCCUAUCUGUUCAGCUGUUCAAUGAUGGGACCACAGGGAAACUCAAUCAUUUAUGUGGGGCUGACUUUGUGAAGAGUAAUCAGCAACCCCCACAGGGAAUGGAAAUGAAGUCCAAUGAACGGUGCUGUUCCUUCGAUGGAGAUGCAGACAGAAUUGUGUAUUACUACUACGACACAGAUGGUCACUUUCAUCUCAUAGAUGGAGACAAGAUGGCAACGUUAAUUAGCGGUUUCCUCAAGGAGCUCCUUUCGGAGAUUGGAGAAAGUUUGAAUAUUGGUGUUGUACAAACUGCAUAUGCAAAUGGAAGUUCAACACGGUAUCUUGAAGAAGUUAUGAAGGUACCUGUCUCUUGCACCCAAACUGGUGUAAAACAUCUGCACCACAAGGCUCAAGAAUUUGACAUUGGAGUUUAUUUUGAAGCAAACGGGCACGGCACAGUACUGUUUAGUAAAGCUGUUGAAAUGAAGAUAAAGGAACUAGCAGAGGAAUUAGAAGAAAAGAAAAGAAAAGCUGCCAAGAUUCUUGAAAACAUCAUUGACUUGUUUAACCAGGCAGCUGGUGAUGCUAUUUCUGACAUGCUGGCGAUUGAGGCAAUUUUGGCUCUGAAGGGCUUGACUGUACAACAGUGGGAUGCCAUCUACACAGACCUUCCGAACAGACAACUCAAAGUUAAGGUUGCAGACAGAAGAGUUAUCAGCACCACCGAUGCAGAAAGACAAGCAGUUACACCCCCAGGACUGCAGGAGGCAAUCAAUGACCUAGUGAAGAAGUACCAACUGUCCCGAGCUUUUGUCCGGCCCUCUGGUACAGAAGAUGUUGUCCGAGUAUAUGCAGAAGCAGACUCACAAGAAAGUGCAGACCAUCUUGCACAUGAAGUGAGCUUGGCAGUAUUUCAGCUUGCUGGAGGAACUGGAGAGAGACCCUAAACAGAACCUUCAGGACAAUGUUAAGAUGACUUACCGGUUCAUAAACUCCAUCGAGGUGAACAGGAACAUUGUCUGUUCCUCCUGUAUACCCAGGUGGAGGUGCUCACACUAAACAUAGGAGGAUGCAUGGUCCAGGCUUCAGUUAUUCUUCACUUCUCUUAAUGAAGGUUUGUGGAAGAUAAACUAAUUGUAACACCUUGCCAAGCCUCUGCCAGAGAAGUGACAUCACUCUUGAUACCAGAACACGGUUAAUAAUGGAAAGAAAAAUAUCCCCAACCAAUCUAAAUUAAACCAAGGCUGAAACCAAUAGAAAAAAAUGUGUAGUAUGUAUUUUAGAGGCUUAAGACAAGUCAAGACAAUAAAACAAUGGAUUAUAUAUGUAUAUAUAGAUCUCUCUUAGGCACCGUAAUCAAUAUGAGCCAACAAUAUUUAAACUUGAUUCAGGCCACAUUCAGACAUUUUGUUCUUAUUUACAAAUAUUUAAAUUAAAUACAACCUGAAGUGUGUUUUGUUACAUACAAAAAAAAAAAAAAAAAAAAAG